UUAUCUGUCAAGUUGUCAAUUGCGGAUUGUAGUCAAUCGUUAUCAGUUUUCCAUUUCUUUUGCCAAAAAUCUUCAGAAAUGUUUGUAAAAUAGCAUCAAUCUUACCAGACAGCCAAUUAGUACAAAUAUAUAUAGGUGCAAUUUUCAUGCUUCAAGUCAUUUAUACCUAAUUCGACAAUUUUAUGUGUGCAAACAAAAGUCAGUAGUAAUUCAUUCAAACCAUAUUUUUCAUGGAGUUUUCUUCAAGCUGGUGGUAAACAGACUAAAUGAAAAGUGUAUUUAGUGUAAAAAUGGAGGCUAGCAAUGAUUCUUUGUCUGUGUUGUCUCCGCCGAUGACGGGGUCUCCUGCUGUGCUGCUUACUCCUGGCCGGACAAGGAACAUCGCACAGGACAUGGAAGCCCUCAGACUGUCGCGACAAGACAAUCCUUACCUCCAGCAGGUAAUGGCCAGCAGAGAAAGUCUCAUUGAAAGCCACCAUGAAGAGUGUGAAUCGGAUGACACUAUACUUAUGUCACAGGAAUUUGGAAGCACUGCCUUAGAUUUUAUAGAAGACGAUCCUUUAACCCUGAAGGAGGUCCACGAACAUAUGAUAAGGUCACCACCGCCAACUAGUUGCUGGCCGCACGAUACACUGUCGUAUCGUGCGUCGAGCGCUUUCGACUUUGCUGCGGACAGUCCUGUCUCUUACAGCGCUUACUCAGUCAAUUCCCAGGAAAAGGAACUGCUAGGCGGUAGGUCUCCACGUCGUAACACAAGAUGUGACGAAUCCCGGAAUAAUAAUAAUUCGAGUCGACCUCGGUCCUCCAGAUCGGCCUCUCCAAGGUCACAUGACCUCACCCUCUGUGGACGACCUCUAUCGUUACCAGGCGAGAGUCACCUUCGGAAUGCGCUAAGCAAAAAGCAAGGCAGCAAUCAAAGCGAGAGGUUUUCCCUUCUGCAACACCCACGCCCUCUACGGAGACCUCACAAUCGACGAGACGAGGACAGUGUCCAACUUGUACCAGACUGCGAUAAGUAAUACAAUGCAUAUAUAAAGAUAUAUAAUCUGUUCUAACAGAAUAUAUGGAUAUAUCGGUGAUAUAGAUCUUAUUCUGGAAAAGUCAAAUAACCAAAGGGUUUUAUUUAUGACCUUGACCUUUGAAUUGAAGGUCAGAUUAUUUCGAGUUCUGUUAAUAACUAAGUAUUAAUUUUUGUACUCAUUCGGCCAGCAUUUGUUUUUAAUAUCUAACUGAAAGUAAAAUAUUUUGUGUAAUUUUUCCGACUUCGGGUCAAGGUCAAGGUUAUGGUAAAAUCGUUGAAGAUCAAAAGAUCGGUGUGUAACGUGUUCCGGAAUUGAAGGUAGAAUAUUGACGGCAGUUCGGCUAUUCGUUGGUCAAAGGUCAUUCACUUGUUAAUGCCCGUUUUGAAGGAUUGAACUUUUUCUUCCAAACCUAUGUAGAUACAUGGGAGGUUGUCGCGAAUGUUCUUCUAAUACAAUUCGUAAUUUCUUGCAUUACUUAAGACCAAGUCUAAUUUAUGAUUAAAACGUCACGUAUGAUUUGCGUUGACACCCCUUUAUCUGUGUGCAUAGAUACAGUUGCAUUUUAGGUUACACAAAAAUAAUGCGUGAAGGUCAAAAUGCACGAUAGUAAAUUCUUUUAUAAUAAUGGUAAAAAUUUCACGAGUUUAAGGUCAGUUUAGUUCAACAAAAAGUUUAUGAAAAAGAUAAAGAUUGCAAUAAAUUUUAUAUUGAAAGGUUGAGAGAAAUUAAACGAAAAAUAAGAGAAAUAAAAAAAAUAUCGACACAAUAAAAUAGUAUAGGGAAAACAGCACAGUAUUCUUAAAAUACGAGUUUUAGGAUACCACGAAACAUUUAUAAAUAAAUACAAUACUUAAAAUAGAUGAAGUUUUAGAAAAUGUUUUUCUUAGAUACAAUUUUUGAGGUUGUAAUCUAAAGUUCUUGUUAAUACGUAUGUGUUUUUGUAAAAAAAUGGUUUAUUGGUAAAUUCUGGCUGUUCUAAAUGUCCAUACUCCUUGGGAUAUUAAUUUAAUGAUUAAACAGUAUCAAUGGGGGGUUCUGUAUUGUUGAUCACCAAAUAACGCUAGUCUAAACCAGUCAAUUUUCGUCCAACAGAGAAUUGGGUACUUUCCUUAUUCAACACUAGAUUAUUUUAUUUCGACUGUUCAAUACAAUGAAAUAUUAAAAAAU